UGUGGCGGAGGUUGGGGAAGACGUGAGGCUGGCGGGGGCCAUGCUGUGGACCCCCGGGUGUACGUACACUCCUCGGCUUCCCUCCGUACGGCUUCCUUGCCUAGCCCCGCCUCUUCCUUCAGGCCCCGGUCACAUGACCGUGACGUCGGACAAAGCUCUCUUGGCGGCGGUAGCCGGUGCUCGGGCCCGCGCUCUCUCCUCAGACCCGGAGACCCCGAGCGGACACGCCGGGAGAGGAGCCUGGUCCCGCAGUGCCGAGCACGCUCCCGGGGACUCAUGAGACCAGCCCGGCCCAGUCAACCCCCUCACCCCGCGGGUUACCAAGGGUGAUACUAAGUUACCGACUUUGAGAACCUCUGGGACGGCUCCGUAAUCAGCGCUGAGGUAAAGGAUUACUCAGAUAUGAUGGUGUCACAAUACAUUUCAAGAGCCUUUGCAUUGCAGAUCUCUCAGACUGAAACAGCAAGCUGCCCAGACCCUAGGUUGCAAUGAUCUAAGUCACUGGAUGUUCAGAAGACCCUCAACAUGGCAGGCCUGCAGCUCCUGACCCCGGCCUCCUCACCAAUGGGUCCCUUCUUUGGGCUGCCCUGGCAGCAGGAGGCGAUUCACGACAAUAUAUACACCCCUAGGAAAUAUCAGGUGGAGCUACUUGAAGCAGCUUUGGACCACAAUACAAUAGUGUGUUUGAACUCUGGCUCAGGGAAGACAUUCAUUGCUGUACUGCUUACUAAAGAGCUGUCCUAUCAGAUUCGCGGAGACUUUACUGAAGGCGCUAAAAGAACAGUGUUCUUGGUUAACUCUGCUAAACAAGUGGCUCAACAAGUUUCUGCAGUCAGGACCCACUCUGAUCUCACAGUUGGGGAAUAUUCCAGUCUAGAGGUGGUGGAGAGCUGGACAAAGGAAAAAUGGAACCAGGAGCUUCUGGAACACCAGAUCCUGGUUAUGACUUGUCACAUCUUCGCCAACCUCCUAAAGAGCGAGAUCCUAUCAUUAUCUAAGAUUAACUUGCUGGUGUUCGACGAGUGCCAUCUUGCCAUCCAAGAUCACCCAUAUUGUGAUGUUAUGAAGAUCUGUGAGAGUUACCAGACUUGUCCACGGAUCCUGGGGCUGACCGCCUCUAUACUGAAUGGGAAAUGUGACCCUCGUGACCUUGAAGAGAAGAUCCAGAAACUGGAGGAAAUUCUAAAGAGUAACGCAGAAACUGCAACCGAUCUCGUGGUUUUGGACAGGUAUGCCUCUCAGCCUUGUGAGAUUGUGUUGGAUUGUGGCCCCUACCAUGACAAAAGCGGACUCUAUCAGAAGCUCUUAACGGAACUGGAUGAAUCGGUUCACUUUCUGGAAGACUGCAAUAUUCCAAUUCAUUCUAAAGAGAGAGAUUCAAUGUCCAUCUCCAAACAGAUCCUAUCGGACUGUCGAGCGGUUCUGCUUGUGCUGGGUCCGUGGUGUGCAGAUAAAGUGGCGGGGAUGAUGGUGAGGGAGCUGCAGAAGUACAUCAAACACGAGCAGGAGGAGCUGCACCGGAAAUUCCUGUUGUUUACAGACACUAUUUUAAGGAAGAUCCAUGCUCUGUGUGAGGAACACUUCUCUCCCGCAUCCCUUGACCUGAAAUUUGUCACUCCCAAAGUCAUCAAACUCCUGGAAAUUCUGCGUAAGUACAAACCCUACGAGCGCCAGCAGUUUGAGAGCGUGGAGUGGUACAACAACCGCAAUCAGGACAACUACGUAUCGUGGAGUGACUCUGAGGAUGACGAUGAUGAGGAUGAAGAGAUUGAGGCGAAAGAGAGAACUGAAACCAGCUUCCCCUCCCCAUUUACUAACAUUUUGUGUGGCAUCAUCUUUGUGGAGCGAAGAUACACAGCAGUUGUUCUAAAUCGGUUGAUUAAGGAGGCGGGGAAGCAGGACACCGAGCUGGCUUACAUUAACAGUAAUUUUAUAACUGGACACGGCAUUGGAAAGAACCAACCUCGAAACAAGCAGAUGGAAGUGGAGUUCAGAAAGCAGGAGGAGGUUCUUCGAAAGUUUAGAGCGCAUGAAACCAAUUUGCUCAUCGCUACCAGUAUUGUGGAGGAGGGUGUGGACAUCCCAAAGUGUAACCUAGUAGUUCGAUUUGACUUGCCAACAGAAUACAGAUCUUAUGUUCAGUCCAAAGGUCGAGCCCGAGCCCCCAUUUCAAACUACAUCAUGCUGGCAGACACCGACAAGAUAAGGGGAUUUGAAGAAGAUCUCAAAACUUAUAAAGCCAUAGAAAAGAUCUUGAGGAAUAAAUGCUCCAAGUCUUUGGAUUGCGGUGAGACAGAGUCCGAAGCAAUUGUAGAUGAUGACGAGAUUAUUCCUCCAUAUGUGUUGCGGCAAGAUGAUGGCAGCCCAAGAGUAACCAUCAACACUGCCAUUGGCCACAUAAACCGGUAUUGUGCCCGAUUGCCCAGUGACCCAUUCACCCAUCUCGCUCCAAAGUGUAAAACCCGAGAGGUAUCGGAAGGUGUCUACCGGGCCACCCUCUACCUGCCGAUUAACUCCCCUCUUAGAGCCCCCAUUGUUGGCCCCCCUAUGAACUGCGCCAGACUUGCUGAGCGAGCUGUAGCUCUGAUAUGCUGUAAGAAACUGCAUCAGAUUGGUGAACUUGAUGACCAUUUGAUGCCAGUUGGAAAGGAAACUGUAAAGUACGAGGAGGAGCUUGACCUACAUGAUGAGGAGGAGACCAGUGUUCCAGGAAGGCCGGGCUCCACCAAGAGGAGACAGUGUUACCUUAAAGCUAUCCCCGAGUGUCUACGGAACAGUUAUCCACGGCCCGGCCAACCGUGUUACCUGUAUGUGAUAGGAAUGGUGUUAACUACCCCACUGCCAGAUGAAUUAAACUUUAGGAGACGGAAGCUGUAUCCUCCUGAAGACUCAACUAGGUGCUUUGGUAUCCUGACUGCCAAACCCAUACCUCAGAUUCCACACUUCCCUGUCUACACUCGGUCUGGGGAGGUGACCAUAUCGAUUGAGUUGAAGAAAUCUGGAUUUACAUUAACUCUGCAACAGCUCGAGCUCAUCACCCGGCUCCAUCAGUACAUCUUCUCCCACAUUCUUCGUCUUGAGAAACCUGCACUAGAAUUUAAGCCCACAGCAGCUGACUCUGCUUACUGUGUUCUACCUCUCAACGUUGUUAAUGACUGCGGCACUUUGGACAUAGACUUUAAGUUUGUGGAAGAUAUUGAGAAAUCGGAAGCGCGUACUGGCAUACCUAGUUCACAGUAUUCAAGAGAGAAUCCCUUUAUUUUCAAACUAGAAGACUACCAAGAUGCAGUUAUCAUUCCGAGAUAUCGCAACUUCGAUCAGCCUCACCGUUUUUAUGUAGCUGAUGUAUACACUGAUCUUACUCCACUCAGUAAAUUCCCUUCCCCAGAAUAUGAAACAUUUGCUGAAUAUUAUAAAACAAAGUACAACCUCGACUUGACAAACCUCAACCAGCCACUUCUGGAUGUAGACCACACGUCAUCCAGACUUAACCUGCUCACUCCACGCCACCUGAAUCAGAAGGGUAAGGCUCUUCCUCUCAGCAGUGCUGAGAAACGGAAAGCUAAGUGGGAAAGUUUACAGAACAAACAGAUCCUGGUGCCGGAGCUCUGCGCCAUACAUCCUAUCCCAGCAUCCUUGUGGAGGAAAGCAGUUUGCUUGCCAAGCAUUCUCUAUCGCCUGCAUUGUCUUCUGACGGCUGAGGAGCUAAGAGCACAGACAGCAAUUGAUGCAGGCGUCGGAGUAAAAUCUCUUCCUGAUGAUUUCCGAUACCCCAACUUGGAUUUUGGGUGGAAAAGGUCGAUUGACAGCAAAACCUUCAUCUCGAGCCUCCACUCCCCAACGUCUGACCCAGGAAGUGAUUGUCAGCUCUUUGUAUCAGCAGUUCCUGAUCGUGCUGCUAAAGUGUAUUCCCCUGCAGAAAUCCAUGACCACAUGUCUGUGAACUGCUCCACCCCCUCUCAGAAAUCCCCCAGCAACUCCCAGGCGGCACGCGUGUUAGGUGAUCACAAAGUGGCUAACGGUAUCUCCUGCAAUGGUCUUGCCAAUGGAAAUUAUGAUAUUUGUCCUGAGAGUCCGCUGAUUUGCUGCAGUCAGGAACUACCUGUUCAAUCCUCUACCUCAUUUCCCAUUGAGAAUAUACCUAUUGAGAACCAGCUCAUGGCCAUCAGUGAAUGUACUGACGCUAAUGUUACCGAACCUACCUCAGAUGGGUGUCCCGGCUUGUCAGAAGGCAAACUUUCUCCAGAGGCUUCUGCUGGGAACGGUGGAAAGUGUGAAAACGGGACCUCCAACGGGUACUCCUCAAAAACUCUCGGGCCAAACCCUGGUCUUAUUCUACAGGCUUUGACGCUAUCCAACGCCAGCGAUGGGUUUAAUUUGGAGCGUCUUGAAAUGCUUGGCGAUUCUUUCCUGAAACAUGCUAUCACCACCUACCUGUUCUGCACUUACCCAGAUGCACACGAAGGGCGUCUUUCCUAUAUGAGAAGCAAAAAGGUCAGUAACUGUAACCUGUACCGUCUCGGGAAGAAGAAAGGCUCGCCGAGCUGCAUGGUCGUGUCCAUAUUCGAUCCACCCGUAAACUGGCUUCCUCCUGGAUACAUUGUAAACCAAGAUAAAAGCACCUCAGAAAAGUGGGAAAGUAAUGAAACUGCCAGUGACAGCGUGACGGCUAAUGGCAAGAUGGAUGAAGACUUUGAUGACGAAGAGGAUGAAGAUCUCAUGUGGAGGAAUCCUAAAGAAGAAACAGACUUUGAUGAUGACUUUUUGGAGUACGACCAGGAACAUAUAAAAUUCAUCGACAGCAUGUUGAUGGGGUCUGGGGCUUUUGUGAAGAAAAUCCCCCUGUCUACAUUUUCAGCCCCGGACCCAAGUUAUGAAUGGAAGACCCCGAAGAAAAGUACUCUGGAGAAUACCCAGUUCUCACCCGAAUAUGAUGACUUUGAUUACAGCUCUUGGGAUGCCAUGUGUUACCUAGACCCUAGCAAGGCCGUGGAGGAGGAUGAUUUCGUGGUGGGCUUCUGGAACCCGUCAGAAGAAAACUGUGGGGUGGAUGCAGGGAAGCAGUCCAUUUCCUAUGACCUCCACACUGAGCAGUGUAUUGCAGAUAAGAGCAUAGCAGACUGCGUGGAGGCAUUGCUAGGCUGCUAUCUGACCAGCUGUGGGGAGCGGGCAGCCCAACUCUUCCUCUGUUCUCUCGGCUUAAAAGUCCUCCCAGAGAUGAAAAGGUCUAACGGCUGCAUUGGCUCAAGCAGAGGAGAUGAUGAAACAAAUUCAGAUAGGUCACCCUGCAAAGGCGUUGAAUACGGUUAUUUGAAAAUUCCCCCCAGGUGCAUGUUCGACCACCCUGAUGCCGAAAAAACUCUGGACCACCUGAUAUCCGGAUUUGUAAACUUUGAAAAGAAAAUCAACUAUCCAUUUAAAAACAAAGCCUACUUGCUACAGGCCUUUACCCAUGCCUCCUACCACUACAAUACCAUAACUGUUGAGUCGCUUGGACUUAUUUCCAUGUCAAAGAUAUGGCUUUUUGGCCGCAAUUCUUCCAUAAAGACCUCUUCUGCACAGACUUCUCCGAACAGUAUAUGGUUGAGAAGAUCGGAAGAGGAUGAAGAAAAAGAGGAAGACAUUGAAGUCCCAAAGGCGAUGGGGGACAUCUUUGAGUCGCUUGCCGGAGCGAUCUACAUGGACAGCGGCAUGUCGCUGGAAACCGUAUGGCAGGUUUACUACCCAAUGAUGAGACCAUUAAUAGAAAAGUUUUCGGCUAAUGUUCCCCGUUCCCCUGUGCGAGAAUUAUUGGAAAUGGAGCCGGAGACUGCUAAAUUCAGUCCGGCGGAGAGAACCUAUGACGGUAAGGUCCGGGUCACCGUGGAAGUUGUAGGAAAAGGAAAAUUCAAAGGUGUUGGCAGGAGUUACAGAAUUGCCAAAUCAGCAGCUGCUAGACGAGCCCUCAGGAGCCUCAAAGCGAAUCAGCCUCAGGUCGCAACCAGCUGAGAAAUCUACACGUCGCUGCAGUGCUGAGCACUAAGCUCAAACCAGCAAGAGUUUAACAUACCUAUGACAUCUAGAAUCUAAUGGUGUUGAGGAACCAAUUAAAGACGGAAUGAUGUUUCAUCCUGGCGCAGAUAACUAAUAACACAUGCAUUAUAGGAUCCCGGAACCCGACUAGACCCUUGCAGGUGUUCCGCCAUGGGGGCGAGAGUACGCAAACAUAAUCGGGUCAGCUGCCCUGACUUCAGUUACGUCUGAUCACAUGAGUGCUUUAUCCAUGAAAUUUAGCAAGUCUUGAAAGCCGUCUCCAUCCUGUCUUCGUAGUUUUAUUCUUGGUAGGGCUUUGCUCAGAUUUGGGCUAUUGAAGAGUUUAUGUACCUGUCAAUGAAAAAAAAAAAAAAAAAAAAAAAAAAAAAAAAUAUAUAUAUAUAUAUAUAUAUAAUGUAAGUAUUUUAUUCUCAUUCACAUUUUCAGAGAUCUGUUUUUAUAAGCUGUGUGGGAUAAUCUGGUCUGAUUGGUAAACUGUUUUACCAGUUUUGUCCUUGCUGAAUGUCGAAAACUAAAAAAAAAAAUCUGACAUUCACAAUUACCAUUGCACUUACAGGGGCACUUUCGUGUCAAGGAGCGAGUGAUUAUUGUGUUGUGUAAAGAGAGGAUGAGUGUUACUAAUCGGAUGGAUAGAAAGAAAUAUUUUUUUCCCCUUCACAAUUCCUUGAUGACUGAAUGCUACUGCCUUAUAGAGAAGAAUAUCACUCCUUUUGGUAAUUCGAACAGGUCUGACCAUGUCUGGAUUCAUUGUGCAUGCGGUAAAUCUUGUCGAUUUUCAAUAUGUUCGUAAGGCUGUGACUUAAAUUAUUUUACGUUUAGGACUAUUUGUCUUUGUGAUGGAAAGUUGUUGGUGCAUUCUAAACAAAAGAGUAGAAAAAAAAGAAAGAAAAAGAAAUAUCCACUUGAAAGGAAUUCCCCCGAAACGUGUGAAGUUUGCAGACGACUGCUGGGAAGUUUUGGAGUGUUCCGGUUUCACAAAGUAACCUUUAAACAUAUCAAAUGUAAUAUAUGCUGCAGAAUGAUUAAUCAGUGACCGAACGGAGGGCUACUAUCCACUUGUCACCACUUUGUGUGGCUGCACAUCAGUUUUACAAACAAAUGAUUCCAGGAUUUGUUUAUUAAAAAAAAAAGAAAAAUGGAUGCGAAUGAGACUGCUCUUAUCUGUGAUUUGGUUAAUCAAUGAUUUUUUGUCUUUGUUGGAAGGGGGACGUUAGCUAUAGUGUGUUUAUCUUUAUGGGGGUUUUUUCUUAGUGUUGGGAUGGGCUUAGCCUAAGUUUCUGUAGUUAGUUUAUGUAGACCGUCUUCACUUGAAUACCUCAUUUACGCUUCUCACCCCCCCCCCCCCCCCCCCCCUUCCCCAUGUACUCCCUUCCCUCCUCACCUCUGCAUGCUUUUAUAUUUUACCUUUUUGUCUCGGUGCUAUGUUUAUUGUAUUAUGCUUGAAAUGCGUAUUUUUUUUAUUUGCACUGUAACUAUAUUACCUCUUUAAUUUACCUGUUUCCUUCAAAAGUCAAAGGAAAAAUGAUACUUGGGAUUCGUUCAGCCACCAUUAAAUCAUGAGCGGUUUGCUCAAAUUUUUCCCACUUUGCUUGAAGUGAGGGGUAUUCCCAAAAUCCAGCUGAAGUGAAUAAUUCUAUAGGCUGUCUCUCGUGCAUCUAAAUUGGGUGCAUUAAUGUUGCUUAAUUGGUUAACACAGGGGAGUUAUGUUACCUUUGACACCCAGCAUGCAUACUGUGAUUACAUUUCUGUUUAGGACAAUAUGCCUGUUGCAGGGCUAUUCUCAUUAAUUAGAUCACCGCUAGUACGGUUACAAUAUGAUGAAUUAUCGAAAGUUAUCCAUUUGAUUAGUGUAGCUUUUUCAUACACUGAGGAUGAAACCUAUGAAAUUAGUAACAAUCUGUGACAUCACUGAGGCACAGUCUGCUACAUUAAAGGACAAGGGGUAUAUUUUAAAUAUUUUCACAGCCUGAUGUCAGGUUUUCCACUGCUGUAUAUGGAGAGAGCUAGUAGUCGGCUGCAAUCCUUUCUGUAGAUGGCAAACUGCAGACUAGAAAAAAAAGCCCUUUAGUUUAGUCUAGUUUUAAUCUUUUUUUUUUUUUUUUCACUUUAUUUUUUUUUUUUUGUGGAUACCAUUUUUUUUUUUUUUUUCAUUCUCUUGUGGGGUGGGGGUACAUGUACUUUAUGGGGAAACAAAACAAAAAUGAUAAACUCAUUCUAACAUUAAGUUUGCAAUUAUCCACAAUAAUAAAAACAUCAAGAGUGUAAUCCUAAAAGUUAUUAACUUUUUCAGAAACUAUUGUUUUAGCAAAAAAAACUAUUAAAUAAACAUCUAUUUGUAUAUGUUAGAGAAGAUCAGGGUUCCCCCCCCCCCCCCCCCAUUCCUCCAUAAUGAUAAGAACAUUAAGGGGGGAGUUCAAUUAGCCGCGAAAACAAAGUAAUUUACCGCCCUCUAACCUCUUGCGCCUAUCACAGGAAAAAGUGCAGCAAAAAAGCUGGUAUGUGUGCUCCCAUAGUUCGACCUAUUCAAUUGCAGAUGUACGAAAAUGGGAUUUGUGCGAUAAUUCUUGCCAGUGAAACCAGAGAAAAGUGUAGGUGAAAAUGGGGAAAUCUUCCUGUACCCCCCAAAAAAGCCAAACUAAUAUAGGAGAACAGAAUAGAAGUCUAUUAGUGGUCAUAAUAAAACGUUUUGGGGUACUUAUAUUGAGUCAAAUGGCUGUUAUAUGCAUUUUUUUUUUAAAGUGUAAAAAUGAUAGAAAUAAAGUUAUUCCACAAAGUAAGUGCUCGAACUAAAUAUUGGUGGGGGGUGUUACAUAAAAAUGGGUAUAAAUACUGUACAUAUUUGGGUAAUUUUCAGCCACUUUAAAAAUACUUUCCAAAAAAUCACUAACCCCCUCCUGCAAGCCUAAAAACACUUGUCCCACUCAUAAUGCACCCCAAUAUACCUGUCCCAUGCCUUGUACUCCAAUUUCCAUUAUUUUGCAUUUGUUGACCCAAAAAAUGGCAAGUCCUUAUUGGCCAAUUUUGAAAUAAUUAAAGACUUAUUAAUGUGUCUAAUUCGUAAAUCAAGGGGGUGUCCCAGGUGUUCCAAAUCCUUAUUUUUUACCUUUUUUAAAAUAUUUUUUUACAACUUUUCACUUGCUUAGAAGGUGGAGAUUUUUUUUUUUGUUUGUUUUUUUAUUUGGGCGGUAAACCUAUUGAGAAUUAUUGGCAAUAUUUUUUUGCAGACAACUGAAUAGCGGCUUUUCAUGGGUCACAAGAAAAAUCGUGUUUUUAUAGCAAAUAUGGCAUUUCACGUCUAAUUGAAUCCCCCUCCCCCCCUCAAAAUGUAAUCAAAUUUACAUUUUUAUUUGUUAUCCCCAAAAAUACCCUAAAGGGUGGCAAACCUUCCUCUUGUAUAAUAAUUGGGAAGACUAAUGUAGCGGAGGAGCAGUCUAAUUGAAAAAUCUGCACCCCCUGUGUAUUUCCUGCCUCUUUUUAGAAAUCUAAAUUAAUGUGAUCGGCACAUUCUUCGAUUUUUAUCAUGAUCGUCGUAAUAAAGUGGCCUACUGCCCCAACCUUUGUUUGGGUAUACCUGACCUUAUGAUGGCUACGCUCAAACAAAUUGUUUUUUGAAUCUUAAUUGUCUCACAGGUCAUUAAUCAGGAUUGCUGCAUGCAGCAUUUGUAAAACAGAAUUUCUUCAGACCUCUCAUUCUCUCUGCCAAAUCCAGAUGAGUCUCAAGAAACCUGUUUAUGUGCUUGUUAUGUCUAUUUUGUGUAUGUGUGUGUGUUUUUAUUCCUGUGACGCAUAGUAGUGGAGCUGAUCACUUCAAACUUAAUCUGCUUUUUUUUUUUUUUAUUAUUAUUAUUACUUUUUUUUUUUUGUGGAUGCCUCUUGACUUAGGAGUAGAUCUUAUUUUGACUCUUUCUCUGCCAUCUAAAAGUUCAAUCUGUAUAACCCUCCACCAGACGAUUGCAAUAAUAUUGUUCAGGGGGACAGGAUGGAAAAUGCAAAUAUACUUACACAGUUUCAGUAAAAAAAAUAAAUGGAACUCGAGGAUUUUAUUGCACCCUUGGUGGUCAUUCUAAUGACCGAAACAGCAUUCUGGAGAUGUGAUUUGGUUAACUGUAUAUUUUUGACCAUCUUAGAUUUACAAUACUGUACUUUGAAUAGACCUAACAAUGCUGCAUAUAUAUGUGUGUUUUUAAAGCUUUUUUCUUUUCUUUUGCUGUUUAUGUAGCACAAAUAAGCAUUGCACUUGGUACCGUGCUUUACCUCAUUUCAGAAUGACUAUAUGCUUAACGGGAUGAGAAAAUAAUGUGGUUCAGAUUUUGCUGUCAUUUUGAUCUGAAAAUAGGAUAAUUUUAUGCCUGCACUGUGUCAUAUUCUUGCACAACAAACAACCAUUACAUUGUCAUUGGCAAAAAAAAAAUAUAUAUAUAUAUCUGGUUUGUGGCAAUUUUUUUUAUUCAACUGAACAUUUGAGAUAAAUAUAUAUAUAUAUACACACACAGCGCCGGCACUCGGACUGCCCCUUGGGCUAGCUUGCUCCGGUGCCCUCCACUAGGGUGUCACCCCCAUAUCCAGAACGCAAUGAAAGAGGCGGCACUCUGAGUCUUUUAGAUCAAAACUGUGACUUUAGUGCAUAAAG